GAAGAAGAAGAAGAAAGCGGUUCAGAGGUGAAAUUGGAAGUGUUUCCGGUGUAACUCGGGGUCACACAGAGGGGAGUAAAGCCUAAAACACUUCAAAAUGCUGUUACGAAGGGUGUUGCACAUCGGUGGCUUGACGCUGAAACACAGCAGGUCCAUCCACUGCAGUCCUGUAUGGAGGAGUCCUCUCAUACCCAUAGUUGUGGAGCAGACGGGCAGAGGAGAGAGAGCGUAUGACAUCUAUUCUCGGCUCCUGAGAGAGAGAAUCAUUUGUGUAAUGGGUCCUAUUGAUGACUCUGUAGCCAGUCUGGUUAUUGCCCAGCUGCUCUUCCUGCAGUCGGAAAGCAACAACAAACCCAUCCACAUGUACAUCAACAGCCCUGGCGGUGUGGUGACAGCAGGCCUGGCCAUUUACGACACCAUGCAGUACAUCCUUAAUCCCAUCUCCACCUGGUGUGUUGGCCAGGCAGCCAGCAUGGGCAGCCUGCUCCUGGCAGCAGGAACGUCAGGCAUGAGGCAUUCGCUGCCCAACGCCCGCAUCAUGGUUCACCAGCCUUCAGGAGGUGCCAGGGGUCAGGCCACAGAUAUUGCCAUCCAGGCUGAGGAGAUCCUGAAGCUGAAGAGACAGAUCAAUAACAUCUAUGCCAAGCACACGGGGCAGCCGCUGGAAACCAUUGAGACUGUGAUGGAAAGGGAUCGCUACAUGAGCCCCAUGGAGGCGCAGGACUUUGGUCUUAUCGACCGGGUCCUGGUCCAUCCCCCUCAGGCAGGCCAGGAUGAGCCUGAGCUGGUGCAGAAAGAACCAGCAGCAGCAGCAGCAGCCAGUCCCUCUCCACAGCCGGAGUCUCCAGCUGCUGAGCAGGUUUCCCCUGGGACAAAUCCCCCCUCCUCAUACAAACCUGAGCCAUGAGCCCACCACAGAGCUGCCACGAGUUGAUACCUGGCAGUUCCUGAGAACAAGGCCAAGUUGUGUUUGUCUUGUCUGAAGUGGCUUCUUUCUUCCCCUUAACCAACGCUGUGCGACCUCCAUAUGUGCAGGCAUCAUGUGAGCCGAAAGUGACAGUGAAAAAUGAAGUGAAUCUAGUGCUCAGCACAGGUGUGUAUGUGUGUCUUUUAAAAUUACUUUUGCCUCACUAGUGAGGCAACUGUACUUGAGUUUAUUUAGGGGAAGAGAAGCCCGUUAAUCCUGGAGCUCCUGCUCUGUACCUCCUUGCUGCAGAGACGUCCACUGAAGAGUGGAGAGGACCUGUAUGACCUGCAUUUGAAUACUCUUAUUUGUAAUAAAAAUUAUCAUAUUGACCACAAGUCA